AUGGACCCCCCUCUUACGCCGACACCCAAUCUCGUCGCCGCAGCUCCUCGAUCGCAACGCUUUUCCUCCUCCUCACCGUCUAGCCCGAGCAAAGGACCCCAGCGCAGUGAAUACCCACUUUCCACUGCAAACAAAGCCGGGAACGGUCCAAUGGGCGGGCACGAACAAGAUCACGGUCCGGCGACGCCCUCAGGGACCCGCUUGAAGACCCCCGCGCCCGAUAAUGGCUCUGCUGGCAAACCCUCCAAGUCCUCCAAGCGAAGGAAAAACCGCAAUCGCAAGCGUCGCAACCGACAGGAGUCGUUUCUUACACCUGGCCCGGAAGAAGCCCAUGACAGAUCUGGAACUGUUUCGGGGACUGGUGGUGCUGGAGAGUCGAUGGAGGACGAUCAGCCAACGUCCAAGGAUAAACAGUCGUACUUUAUGCUGCGCCGGAAGCUGAGCAAUACUAGCAUUGAGAGCGAUGCACUGCUGGAUCAUCGGGACCAACCCAUGAUGCGUCCUCGACGGGACAGUCGAGCUGCAACAUCGUUCCGCCCUAGCUCCCUUCUCUCCGGAGCCUUUCGGUCCCACGACAGUCAAUCGCGCAACACCCCGAGGACGGGCCGGGCCCAGCAAUACCAAGAGGGAGACAGCGACGACGCAGAUGCUACCGACCGCACACCGCUGAUCCGUGGAGCCUCGGGCCACGCAUCUGGCCUGUCGCGGUACGGGACAGACUCACGGCCUAGCCCGUUCACACGCCAACGCCGGGCAUCCGUCCAGUCCACAUCAUCGCGAUGCUCACCGCGAGGUCACUACAGCCCGCCAUACACUCCGGAUGUAGAGCGUGAUUACGAUGUCAACAACCCGCCGUCGAUCCCCGGAACGCCCAAAUUGGGCCCUGACAUGAACUAUGACGAUGCGGUGGUGACGGGAGCCGAGUUUGACUUUGCAUUGGGGCGAUCGAUUGACACACGCAGGGAGUCGGUGCAUCGACCGAACGAUGCAUUGAUCGACAUUGAUGGUGGUGGCCGCCAAUACUCUGAACCCUCUUCACUCCACUCACAUCAAUUUUCCCCACAAGAGCUGCGACGACGCCGUACAGUUGCGUUGCCGGUGGAAGAAGACGUUUGUUUCCCUACGGAGGAUGUCUCUGAGAUAGGCGAUGAAGAACGGAGGGCGCCGAGAGAUGAACAGGGGGAACGCCGUCGACGCAAACGUCGACAGUGGCCAGAUCUCUCUGUUCUGGAAGAAUGGAGUCGCGAAGAAAAGGAAGAUCGCAGUGGGGACUUGCGUGUGAAGAAGAUCAGCGAACCGAUGUUUGUCGAAGGCCGAUUGCGACCUCAGUAUAAACUGUGGCGACGCGAGGAAGACGAUGCGCCUUAUCGGUUUACCUAUUUCAACGAGGAGUUUCAGAGUACUAUCCACGCCCAGACAAUCUCCGAGUUGGUGCAACCCGGUGGUAGUUUCCGUGAACUUUUCAUCCCCGAUCCGCCCGAGUUGGAGGAUUCGGAUUCUGAUGAGGAGCCAGAAGUCGAUCCUUCUGUGAACGGGAAUUCUGCUUCUGGCGUUGGUGGUGGAAACCGAGGAUCAGGAUCUCAUUUUGAAAGCCAUUAUACCAACACGCACAAUGGGAAUAACUAUAAUGGCACGGCGCCUGCCAAUCUGGAAUCACGGAAUGGUCACGAUUACGCCUCUGGUACACUCAACAACCACCGGGGCAUUCCGAAUCCGCGUUUGUCUGUUAUCAGCGAGGCGCGCCCAGGAUCAACCAGGGAGGCAUCACCCUCGCAUUCAAAUAUCCCUGAGAAGCCCAAGCGGUAUGGUCCACGGCCAACCUUUUGGCUGGAUGUGCUGUCUCCAACAGAUGCGGAGAUGCGCGUUAUUGCCAAAGGUUUUGGCAUUCACGCCCUGACCGCGGAGGAUAUCAUGAUGCAAGAGGCUCGCGAGAAAGUAGAGCUUUUCCGCAGCUACUACUUUGUCAAUUAUCGUACUUUCGAACAGGACCGCAACAGCGAAGACUACCUUGAGCCUGUGAACAUGUAUGUAGUAGUCUUCAGGGAGGGUGUACUGUCCUUCCAUUUCUCGCAGACACCCCAUCCUGCCAACGUGCGUCGACGAAUCCGCCAGCUUAUGGACUACCUAAUCCUCAGCUCGGACUGGAUUUCCUACGCGCUGAUCGAUGACAUCACUGAUGUCUUCGGUCCUUUGAUUCAAGCGAUCGAAGAUGAGGUCGACGAGAUUGAUGAGAAGAUUAUGCAGAUGCACUCUUCCAACAAGGAAGAUUCUUCUGAUAACGUACCCCCCACUUUUGCCCCGGGUGAGAUGCUACGGCGCACUGGUGAAUGUCGCAAGAAGGUCAUGGGCUUGUACAGGCUACUCAGUAACAAGGCGGAUGUUGUCAAGGGCUUUGCUAAGCGAUGCAAUGAACAGUGGGAGGUGGCGCCCAAGUCGGAGAUUGGAUUGUACUUGGGCGAUAUUCAGGAUCAUAUUAUGACUAUGACUGGAAACUUGACGCACUAUGAGACGAUUCUGUCUCGUGCGCAUUCCAACUACCUGGCGCAAAUCAACAUUCUGAUGAACGAGCGCCAGGAGCAGACUGCUGAUGUUCUCGGUAAAUUGACGGUUCUUGGUACCAUCGUCCUGCCGAUGAACAUUAUCUGCGGCAUGUGGGGUAUGAACGUGAAGGUGCCUGGGCAGGAUAUCGAUAACUUGUAUUGGUUCUGGUCGAUUACUACCGGCUUACUCUUCUUUGGUCUUGCCUCGUUCUUGAUUGCCAAACGGGUGUACAAGAUUGUAUAA